UGCAAGAACAGCAUGAAAUUAAUAAUAUUAAAUGGGCAAAAUCUGUUGAAAAAAGCUUCGAAGGUCUUAACAAGUUGGUAACAGAUAUUAAAGCUUAUAAAGGAAGAACAACGAAUCCAAGAACAUGA